CUGACACCUGAUAUGAAAAGAAAUCGAGGGCGGACUGUUCAACCUCAACCUGAGGACCUCAGUAGCAGGUCACUCAGAGACCGGGGCAGGUCACUUAGAGACCGAGCCAGGUCACUGAAAGAGGACAGGAGGUCACCCCCAGAGGUGAGGAGGUCUAUGCGUGAGGGUGAGAGGUACAUGAGGUUCAGGAACCAGGGAGAGAAGGAGGAGGAGGAGGAGAUGGACGAGGACGGGGGGCAGGAUGAGGAGGAUCGAGGCCAGGAGGAGGAUGAGAGAGGACGGGAUGAUGAGGAGAGAGGACGGGAGGAGAAUUUGAUCCAUAUCCUCGGCAGAUUACGAGGACGGAGUCAUGAUAUGCAAGGAGCCUGUGAUUGGUGUUUCCGUGUCUCCACCCCCCAGUUCUCUUUACCAGUAUCAGAUGGAGAAGAGUUAAAACUAUUCUGCUCAGAAUCAUGUUUCUCACAUUAUAGGAGAGCAGUGUUUAAGGUGGGGCGAGCAGGAGCUGGAAAUGUCUGUGAUAAUUGUAAACAAGUUCGCCAGGAUACCCUAGUUGUUCAAGAUAAUACAAGAAAAAUGUAUUUUUGCAGUACAACUUGUUUAAAUUUGUACAGAGAAGGUAUUUCAUCCAGUUCUGAGAAUCUGGAAAGAGCAACAGAACGGCCUACAGUUAAGGUAAAGCCAGAUCAUAUAUUGAAAAAGCCAGAGCUAAAGAACAGAGAAAUAGAAAAUAGAAGAUAUAAAUGCAUCGGCGGUAACGUAAACGGAAUCAGGAAAACAGCGGUAAGAGACAGACAACAGCGACGGGUACCCGCCGAUCAAAGACUUGGUGUAGUUCCUCACAUUCAAUUGGCAGGAUCAAAUAGGCCUCAGGUAUUCUUCAAUAAUUAAUUUUAUAAUCAAUUUUGCAUUUUUUAAUUUUUCAUUCAGUUUUUUUAUUUUCAUUAUUGGGGUGGCUUAGCCCUUAUAGCUUCCAACGCUUGCAUACGCCCCUCAUUGUAUUUGUUUACUUUUCUGUAUUUUCAAUUUUCUGUAUUUUCAAUUUUCUGUUCCGCAUUUUUCAAUAAUUUCCUAUAAUUUGUGUGAUAACAAUAUUUCAGCAUAAAAAGCAAGUUUAAAGGAACCUGAGCUGAAAACUUUAGAAUGGGAUAUCCUUGAUCCCGAUCGGUUAAUUAAUCUGGAGAUUAAU